UGUGAACCCCGCACUGCAGACUCACCUCCCAGCAGACAUGAAGGCCGCCCUGGUACUCGUCUCGGCACUGGCCGUCAUUGUGGUAGCCGCCGCGGAGGAGAAGUACACCACCAAGUACGACAACGUCAACCUGGACGAGAUCCUCGCCAACGACCGCCUGCUCAACAAGUACGCCCAGUGCCUGCUGGAGAACGACGAAAACAACUGUACGGCCGACGGAAAGGAGCUCAAGAGUGUCAUCCCUGACGCGCUGAGCAACGAGUGCGCCAAGUGCAACGAGAAGCAGAAGGAGGGCACCAAGAAGGUGCUGAAGCACCUCAUCAACCACAAGCCCGACGUCUGGGCGCAGCUCAAGGCCAAGUACGACCCUGAUGGCACCUACAGCAAGAAUAGCCAGGGAAGUUCCCACCAGAGCGAAGAAAUUCGAUGCAAACAGAAGUGGAAAAAAACCUGCUGGGUGAGUGACGCAGUGAGCCUCCGCGGACGCGCAAGAUGUGCGUUGCGGAGUGGGGGAUCCACCUGCUGCAUGUAUAUAUACACGCGCAGAGUACCCGCUUCUGCAUCUGAAGUGACCCCGCAGACCCAACUCCCAGCAGACAUGAAGGCCGCCCUGGUACUGGUCGCGGCGUUAGCCGUCAUUGUGGUCGUCGCCGCGGAGGAGAAGUACACCACCAAGUACGACAACGUCAACCUGGACGAGAUCCUCGCCAACGACCGCCUGCUCAACAAGUACGUCCAGUGCUUGAUGGAGGAUGGGGAAGCCAACUGCACCGCUGAUGGCAAGGAACUCAAGAAAGCCGUCCCUGACGCGCUGAGCAACGAGUGCGCCAAGUGCAACGAGAAGCAGAAGGAGGGCACCAAGAAGGUGCUGAAGCACCUCAUCAACCACAAGCCCGACGUCUGGGCGCAGCUCAAGUCCAAGUACGACCCUGAUGGCACCUACAGCAAGAAGUACGAGGACAAGGAGAAGGAGCUCCACGAAUAAGCACUGUACUCCCAUGUCUAUCCUAUCUAAACGUUUUUCUUAAAUAAACUAUAACUUUUAACUCAA